AUGCCUUCAUUGAACAUCCCUGAUACGUUCAACAAAGCAAAAGGCAUGAUAAGGGACUUAGGAUUGGAUUAUAAGAAGAUUAAUGCUUGUUGUAAUGAUUGUAUGAUAUAUUGGAAAGACCACGAGAAUGAUACUUCUUGCCAUGUUUGCGGUGCUCCACUGUGGAAUGAAGAUGUAAAAGAAAAUGAUAAAAUUGAAAAAAAUCAUAAGUCUCAUAAAGUUCCUUCAAAAGUUUUGAGACACUUUGCCUUGAUUCCAAGACUUCAACGACUAUUUAUGUGUUCAAAGACAGCUAGCUCAUUAAGGUGGCAUGAUGAAGAGCAUUCAAAAGAUGGAAAGUUGAGGCACCCUGCAGAUGGAGAAGCAUGGACAGAGUUUGAUAAAUGUCAUUCUGAAUUUGCUAAUGAGCCGCGUAAUAUAAGACUCGGAUUGGCCAGCGACGGAUUUAAUCCAUUUCGAACCAUAAAUUUGUCUUAUAGUAGUUGGCCCGUGGUAUUAAUACCAUAUAACUUUCCACCUUGGUGGUGCAUGAAGGCUGAGUAUUCUAUGUUAUCUUUAUUAAUCCCUGGACCAUUUUCACCUGGGAAUAAUAUUGAUAUGUACCUUCAACCUUUGAUAGAGGAGUUGAAAGUGUUAUGGGAUUUGGGUGUAGAAACAUAUGAUGCACCACUAAGUCAAACUUUCCAAAUGCGGGCAGCUCUCUUGUGGACUAUUAGUGACUUUCUUGGGUAUGCUAUGUUGAGUGGGUGGAUUACAAAAGGGAAACUAGCAUGUCCUUGUUGUAAUUAUGACACUAAUUCAAUAUAUUUAAAGAAUAGUAAAAAGGUGUGUUACAUGGAUCAUCAUGUUUUUUUGCUCGAGGAUCAUAAAUAUAGGUCAAAUACUCGGAAUUUCAAUGGGAGCAUAGAAGAUAGGCCACCACCAGAGUUGUUAACUUGGGAACAAAUAUCAGAGAAACUAAAGGACGUCAAUAAUUCUUUUGGGAGGUUGCAAAAUAAAAGUAAUAAUGGUCCAUGGAAGAAGAAAUCAAUAUUUUUUGAGUUACCAUAUUGGAAGCAUAAUACUUUACGCCAUAACCUUGAUGUGAUGCACAUAGAGAAAAACAUAUUUGAUAGUAUAAUUGGGACUUUGUUGGAUAUCCCAGGAAAGACAAAAGAUCAUAAAAAUGCACGUUUAGACUUGCAAGAGAUAGAUGGUUAUGCUUCAAACAUUUCAAGAUGUGUUCAACUUGCUGAUAAGAAAGUUAGUGGAUACAAGAGCCACGAUGCACAUUUCAUGUUGCAUUACUUACUUCAAGUGGCUGUAAGAAGCACAAUGGCAAGCCAGGUUGCACACCCAUUAAUUCUGAAUGAGGUAAGAAUGGGAGGACCUGUUCAAUUUCGGUGGAUGUACUUUCCAGAAAGAUAUCUAGGAAAAUUGAAGGGUUAUGUUCGUAAUAAAAGUCGUCCUGAGGGUUCUAUUGCUAAAGGUUAUUUGGUUGAAGAAUGCUUGAUAUUUUGCUCUCGGUAUUUGCAUAAUGGUGUUGAAACAAAAUUCACUAGAAUGACAAGGAAUAGUGAUAAAUGUGAUCCUCAUGAGGCUGAACAUGAAAUUCCAAGAUCUUGUCCUAAUGUUGGUCAUCCUAUUGGAGGAAAGAGAAAGGGUGAAGCAAUUUCUUUGGUUUGA